UGCGUGGACGAUGCUGUUUCAUUUCCUGUGUCUUCUUCGGUCACUCUGUUGUGGUUGUCGCUUCCCCUGACUCAGCUGCUGGUUAAAUGUGACCGGUUUUAAAGAAAUAUUAUAUUAAUUAUAAAGUUACUCAAAUAUUAUAUACCAGAAUGUCUAACUCUUUUGUUGUUACUACUACUACAACCACAACAACAUCCACCUCGAAUGGAGGAUUUUGCAACAUCGGUUAUGCGCGUUCAUUUCAAGGAUUACUGAAAAUCGGCCAAGUGGUGAUCCUCCUGAUUGCUUUCCUUUGUGUGUACUGUGAGGAUCGGCGGAUUGAAUACUCUGCCUUCAACUACUUUGAGGUGGUCACUGCAUGGUUUCUCAUCAUCUUCUCAGUCUUCUUCCUCAUGCAUUUGUUUCGACUUCAAAGCAAGAUCACAUGCAUCAACUGGAUAUUGGCGGAGUUUUUACAUUAUGCUGUGGGAGGAAUCCUGGUCUUUAUCGCCUCAAUAGUUGUAGCCGUGAAGAGUUAUGAGGUCUCAGCUUUGAUUGCUGGAUCUGUGUUUGGCUUUAUAGCUACUUUUCUUAUUGCAAUCAGCAUAUGGACUUCUUACAAGGUCACAUGUGGCUCUCAACCAACUGGUGCUGUAGUGUAACCGGGUGGAAGAAACCCAGUCUUAUCAGCUGGAAGUAGCAAGAGCAAUUCUCAGUGUGUUCUGGAGAGAUGAUGAGUUCUUUAAGGACAUUAAUGGGACAUUUUUGGUUGUUUUUGAAGGUGAUGUAUGCUUUUAAGAGUGGAUUUCUUCAUCAAAACUUUAUUGCCUCAGUGAACUUAAUCGGCUGGGAUCAAACUCCGAAUUUUCCAGGAGUAAGACUGGUUUAUUAUAAGAGUGGAGUUUUGAUAUACUUGUCAACAAUGUCUGAAUGAGAAUGUUUACAUUAUUUAUUUGACAGUAUAUUGUGUGACCCGGAUUUGAUUCAGUGCCUAUGAUCAAAGAAUAUUUUAAUUGAAAUUAAGUCUUUGAGAAGAACUGAUGCUGACAUACAGUAUUAUUAUUACUAUUAUUACAUGAAUUGAAGUGUAUUUUUGCUUUUCCCAGUAUCUCUAUAUAUGAUUUUAUGAUAUGCAAAUGUAAAGUUUGAAGAAUGUAUGUUUGGCUUUCUAAAUGUACGUCCUUUUUUUA